CACACACACAGACGUGCUCACGCAGCCUGUACCUGCCUCUACUUGUCUGCUCUGGGCAGAUGGCUCCUGGCUUUUGGGUCGCCUCAUCCUACAGCCCAGUUCAGUUAGAACCUUUCUUCUGUGGAGACUGGCAAGCUGUGGGGUAAGGGUUUCGGCAAGGUUACCUGUCUUCAGAGUAUGAAGGACGCUGCCUGGAGAGGGAAGAGGGUUGUAUUUACUGUUUGGGCCCAGUCAGUGUUGGGCUCCCCAUUGCCUCUCCUUUGCAGAACUGUCCGUGGCUUUGAAGCCCACAAAACAAAACCUGAGAGGGUGUCCAAAAAGAGAAGAAGAAAACAUUUUGUUGGUCCCUGGAUUCCACUGUUGGAUUUUGGCUGGGAUGAGAAGAGAGGACUACCAGGUGUGAUCAACAAAGGUACCUGAACGGCCUUAAAGAAUGCGUUCCAGAAGUAGUGAAAACGAGGGCUCAGCCCAAAAGCAAUUUCCAAGACAUACGAAAGACUACAGUUUCCAAGAGUCUGAGGACAUGAAGCACAGACAGCAAGACAAAUACCCCACCAGCAAGUCAGAUGAAACCCUUCCAUGUCCCAAGUCAGAGAAGCUACACGGCGGUAAUGGCCACCAAGCAGAAGACCUCUCAAGAGAUGACCUGUUAUUUCUCCUCAGCAUUCUGGAGGGAGAACUGCAGGCUCGAGAUGAAGUCAUAGGUAUUUUAAAGGCUGAAAAAAUGGACUUGGCUUUGCUGGAAGCUCAGUAUGGGUUUGUCACUCCAAAAAAGGUGUUAGAAGCUCUCCAGAGAGAUGCUUUUCAAGUGAAAUCUGCCCCUUGGCAGGAGGACAUCUAUGAGAAACCAAUGAAUGAGUUGGACAAAGUCGUGGAAAAACAUAAAGAAUCUCACAGACGAAUCCUGGAACAGCUUUUAAUGGCAGAAAAAUCCCAUAGGCAAACUAUAUUGGAGUUAGAGGAAGAAAAGAGAAAACAUAAAGAAUACAUGGAGAAGAGCGAUGAAUUCAUAAGUUUACUAGAACAGGAAUGUGAAAGGUAA